UGAGAAAUCGAAAAAAAUAAAAUAUAUUUUUUUCCUUUUUUUUUUAUUUUUUAAUUUUGUUUAUGACUAAAAGGGUUCCGCGAUAUUUGAGCGCGGUGGAUGCGCUGCGCAGCCUCGCGGGUACAAUGUUAGGGAGCCCUGGGCAGGCUUUGCGCUGAACCUCUAUGUGUCUAAGCUAGUUGGGUCCUGCAUUGAGAGCCCUUGCUGGGAUGUCUGGGAAACCCCGUGCCUACUGCCGCUCAGACACCGAGCCAAUCAGGACCUGUACAGAGGUGGUGUGUGCACUGCUGUCUAUGGUGUGGAGAAGCUGAGGACAUUUCAAAGCAAAUUGGGAGAAGCGAUGCCUGUUUAAACACUGCAAAAGACAUGCCUGUGCUGCAGAAUACCAUUUGACAUGGAUGAUGAAGAUGGCCGGUGCUUGCUAGAUGUGAUCUGUGAUCCCGAAGCUCUGAAUGACUUCUUACAUGGAUCUGAUAAGCUUGACGGAGAUGACCUUUUAGACAAUGCGGGAGAUGGUUCAAGCUCCUUCUUCGUUAGUAGUGGGCUGCAUGUUCAAGAGCCUCCAGGAAACCAUCUAAAUCCUGAACCUAAUCCUCCGCCUGCUAGUGUAGACCUAGACUUUCUAGAAGAUGACGACAUUCUCGGGUCCCCGUCAGGUGGAGGCAAUAGCCUGCCCAACUCUGAUCAGACUUGUGACAUCCUCCAACAGAGUUUACAGGAGGCCAACAUCACAGAGCAGACUCUGGAAGCUGAGGCAGAGCUGGACCUGGGCUCAUUUCAGCUUCCUACCUUACAGCCGGUGGUGCAGACUGCCCCAGAUGGAACUCCCCAAAUAUUUUCUGGAGGUGCAGACCUCAUUGGUCUACAGCAGCCAGCAGUGUUGACUCAUCAAGCUUUAGUGCAGCAAUCGGUGGGAGGAGAUGGGGUCAAUAAAGCUAUCAACGUGCAACCCUUUCUACAACAAGUUGGGCUAGGUAAUGUCACCAUCCAGCCCAUUCCUAAUAUUCAAGGACUGCCUAAUGGAAGCCCAGGUGGAGCACUGGGCAUCGGGCAAAUACAGGUGGUGGGUCAACAAGUGAUGUCAAUUAAUCAGCCCGCCCAGCAGAUCAUUGCCAAGCAGGUGCAACAGACGCAAGUAGCCAGUCUUCCAGUGGGCAGUUACCUAUCUGGGGCAACCCCAGAGCAGCAGCAGCAGGUGAAUCUUGCCUCCAGUGGAGUGUCACCACAGAAUACCACCGGACUUGUGCUACAGAACAAAAUUCCAGCUGUGGCAACUACACUCAAUGGGAACUCCAUGUUUGGUGGCGUGUCAGCAGCACAGUGCACGCAGACCCUAACGGUUACACCCAGCCUUGGUAGCCAAGUUAUCAUUCAGAGGACACCCACACCCAUCCAGCCAAAACCAGCUGGUGUUCUGCAGCAAAAGCAGCUGUUCCAGAUCUCACCUAAACCUUUUGGUCCUAACAACACCACACUCACAAUACAAGGGGAUGCAUCCCUGCAGCAGCAGAAGACGCAACAGAACCUGACUUUUAUGUCUGGUAAGCCUGGACAAAAUGUUGUGCUUUCCAGCUUUCCUCAAGGGCUCCCUGCCAAUAUGUUCAAACAGCCUCCCCCACAGCAACAGACAUUAGGCAAGCCCAUGAGUGUACAACUGCUAAAUCAGGGUAGCAGCAUUGUCAUCCCAGCCCAACAUGCCCAGGCAAUGCUUCAAGGACAGAACCAGUUCCUUUUGCCCGGACAGCUGACAGGAGCUUCAGCUGUUCAACAACUAUCUGCCCUUCAGGCCAACAUGGGAGGCCAGAUCUUGACAUCCCACCCCAGUGGACAAACUCACAUUAUCAGCCAGGGUCCAGGAGGCCAACUUCUCAACCAGGCUCUUCUGGCCAACCAAAACAUUGCAGGACAACUUAACCUAGGACAGAUGCUCACAUCACAGAAUGCCCAUGGCACAGCACACAUCUUAUCAGCCCCCAUACAGUUGCAAGCUGGACAGGUUGGGCAGCCUACCCUGUUUCAGAUGCCAGUGUCUUUGGCUGGGAGCCUGAGCACACAAAGUCAGCCAUCAGUGGCCACAUCCUUAAACCAGGCAGGACAGACGGUCAUCCAAGGGGUAACAUUACCAAAUCAGGUGACCAUGUUCAACCAGUCUGAGAACUUAGGGCAAGCUGUCAGCCUCCAGCAGGCCUCAGCAGGCAGCAGCCAAAGCCCUGGUCUUGUACCCCAACCGGCUCAGCAAGUUGGCCAGGGUACCAAUAUCCUGCCCAGCACAGACCAACCCUCCAUCCUGACCGUCCAAACUGCCCAACAGCCUCCUCAAGGACAACCCCAGCUCCAGUUGAAUGUACAGCAACAGUCGCAGCCUUUAGCACCUCCGCCCCCUCAGCAGGCUAUGCCCCUCCCGUCCCAGCCCAGUCCCAACUUGGCGUCUAGCCCAGACAAAGUUAUAUUGGGCCAAGCCACUCCAGGAAACCUCAUGAGCGAGUCAAUGCAGAUGUUUCUUCAGCAGAAGGAGCAGCAUCAACAGUUUUAUGAAGCGGCUUUGAAAUCGCAACAGGAGAGUGGCCUGAUACUGACCUCUGCCCCAACGCAUCUCCAUCUCCCCCUGCCAAUCUACAGUUUGGCGGUGUCCGCCACCACCCUCAACACUAGCACCAUCACCACAAGCAGUAGUGUGCCCGCCUCCGUCAUAGUGAGCAGCAGCUCUGGCUCAGCUGCCCAGCCCAACCGCGAGCUGUCCCAGAACCUCGGAGCAGCCGCGGCGUCGGAAUCCAAGGGACCGAGCAACAUACCUCACUACUCAACCAGCCAGUCUCAACAGGCUUUGGUUUGCCAGAUUCCUCCUGGACAGCAGAAGGUUCCUGGUGCCUCCCCUUCCCACUCGCUACCUCACCCACCCAGUCCCCAAGUACAGCCCUCCUCUGGCCCCCACCUUUCACAGAUGCAGUCUCCCCACCAGUCCCGUCCCCCUUCCCAGCCUCAGCCAUUAUCACGGCCUCCCUCACGUCCCCAUUCGCGUCCUCCUUCCCAACCACAGAGCAUCCCACGCCCCCCCUCAGAGCCCCUCUCUCGUUCCUGCACACCUCAGCAGAUGCAAAACCUUUUUGUAAUCCAGAAUCAGAUCCCAUCAUCCUCUCCUCAUGGAUCUUCUCAACAUCCUCUGCGUCCCCCAUCUCAGCCUCAGGUACAAAGCACCUUUGCUUCCCACCAGCAAAUGACACCAGAGGGCCCACAAAACCUAUCAUCCCCUCAACCCCACCUUCAACUACAGGUACAGCUCAGCAGUACCCCUAAUGAUAUACGAGGGUCCUUUCCCAUCUCCUUGCACGCUACCCCAUCCUCUAGCGAUCCCCAAACGCAUUCAUUCCAGCUGCAAUUCCAUCCUCAAACCCCCAUCAAGGGACAGAAUCCGGGGCAGCCUUUACACCUCAGCUCGGAGACACAGCGCACAUUUCAGAUGACGCCAAGCCAAUUCCAGGCUUUGUCUAACGCACUUCCCCAGCAGCAGAAACACUUGUUGGACAGGUACCAACAGAUGCAAGGGCUUAUGAUUUCCUCCCAGCAACUUCCUCCAAGUACCCAGUCCUCCCCAGGUAUAAGUGGGCAGUACAGCACCCCACAACAGUCUUCUGUUUUAAUCAGUGGUCCUGGUCAACCAGUGCCUCAACUUCAUGGACAUUCCCCUGGUCAGGUUCUCGUUCAGUCAGCACCUGUUUCUCAUGGGGAUCUUUCUAAGGGACAGGCAGGAACAGGUUGUGGCUCUGCUGUCCAGCUUUCUACAAUACUCCAACAGCAGCACCAACAGCAGCAGCAGCACCAACAGCAGCAGCAGCAACACCAACAGCAGCAACACCAACAGCAGCAUCACCACCAGGCUACAGUUUUGGUCAAAGGAUCAGGUUCUGCAGCUACGGCGGUGCCUUCAGACUCGAAUGUGUAUUCCAGCCCACCAGGAAAAAUGACUGCAGCGCCUGGCAGAUCUGUUACUACGCAUCCAGUGCAAUCGCAGGGUAAAACCGGAGUGAUCAGUUCUGUGCCUGGAAUCAGUCUGGGCAAAGGUGCGCUACAGAUCCAGGUGGUUGGCAAGGGCAUUUCUCAGAUGGUGCCAACUGCACAAGUCCAGGCACAGCCUCAGUUUGAAAGUAAAUUUGGUCCCUUGAAGAAUCUUCCAACACUACAGCCCAGCAAGGAGGCAGGUUUUCUGGAACAGUUACACAAAAACCAGGGAUCUGUCUUGCACCCAGAUUACAAAUCCUCAUUCCACUCAUUUGAAGAUGCUCUGCAGAGGCUGAUUCCAUACCAUGUCUACCAGGGUUUGCUGCCAAAUACCCAGGACCUCAACAAGGUGGAUGAAGAAUUUGAAGUGGUCUCCACUCAGCUUCUGAAGCGCACUCAGGCCAUGCUGAACAAAUACCGCUUGUUACUUCUGGAAGAGUCAAAGAGGGUCAGCCCAUCGGCGGAAAUGGUUAUGAUUGAUCGUAUGUUCAUUCAAGAAGAGAAGGUGGCGCUAUCAUUAGAUCGGCAGCUAGCAAAAGAGAGACCAGAUGAAUAUGUGUCGUCCUCUUCCUCGAGGUCACAGACGUUUGUUCCUUCAGUGGCCACUGUUUCCUCGUCCCCAUGCCCAGCUCCAACCACAGAGAUUCUAAAGUCUCCUGCUGUGCAAACUUCCACCCCAAUUCAUCCCACCAAGCUUGUGAUAAAGAACAGUGGUGGUUCUCCUUCUGUCACCUGGGCCAAAUCUUCCCCAUCUUUGGAUACUGAUGAUGAUGCUCUUCCCUCCCGCAGCAAACCACCAAUAAAGACAUAUGAAGCCAGAAGUCGGAUAGGAUUAAAGCUCAAAAUCAAACAAGAGGCCGGGCUUAGCAAAGUUAUCCACAAUACAGCCCUUGAUCCUAUACAUCAGAAUCCUCCUCAACCUCUCCCACCUCCAGCUCCCCCAACAGCUCCUGUGUGCACUGUAAUAAAGACAGCUUCCCAGCCAACGCCAGCCCCUGUCCCCACUCCGGCUGGGCAGAUGAAUGGUUCUCUGGACCAUUCUUCUCCUGCUGAGAAGAAGCCCUUGGCCACCUACUGCCGUCUUCCACUACGCAAGACUUAUCGGGAAAAUGUGGACGCAUUUGUGGCAGGGAAGCCAGCUGAUGCAAGGCCCAAAACAGAUAAUAUAGUUCAGUUACCGAUCUCAACACAACCAAUAAAGCAGGAAGAUUCAUCAAGAAGUGUUAUCACGUCCCACAAGACACAGGGUGGGACAGUGACUGAAAAAGGGAGAAAUGAGGAGAGUCCAAAGUUGAUGUUCUUCAGUAGAGGAGAGCCUAAGACCAUCAAGAGCGAAGAGGCCCCACUUGGGUUGAGGAGGGAUGUCAAAGAAGAGGAGCAAAGUUAUUACCGACGGGUAAUAAAGACAGAACCUCCAGAUACUGAUACAGAGCUGAACUGGGAAGUGCCAUUUCCACCCCAGAAGAGGCUCAAGUCAGAACAGUUUGAUGUAGACAAUGCCAGCUUUUCCAGUGAUAGCCCUCAGGAUGACACAUUGAAUGAGCAUCUUCAAAGUGCAAUCGAUAGCAUCUUAAACUUACAACAGCCCCAAACUGGAGGAGCACCCAACACGCUUCUCCGCUCCUCUGCCCCACCUUCUUAUCACCACUCCUCCUCAUCUUCACCCUUCUCUUCCCCUGUCCACCGCACAGACUCAUACCUCACCCCCAACCACAAUGGAGGCCUAGGGGCAAGGACGUUAAAUAGAUAACGCGGGGACAAACUAAAACUUAUCUUGUGAGCCGUGGGAAAAAUGCAUAUAUUAACUUAGGAAAACCACCCUGGGAAAUUUAAAAUAAUGGGUGAGAAAGAUGUGAUGCAAGACAUUUCCACAUUGGAAUAUAGUAUGAGACUCGCAUUUUCGGAGUAAGCCUCAAUUUUUUUUAUGUUUAUUUGCAUCCGUCAGCGAGUGAAUCUAUUGGAAGAUUGUGUUCCAUCCUUGAUUGGAAGAACACCCUUUAUUGAUUGAAAUUCACAGGCACGUGGAAAAGAAAUUACCACUGUCCUAGUAGACAGUGUAUGUGGACAUAUCCCACCGGUGAUCUGUUGCCUUCAAAACCUCCUUUAUACUUCUCCCCCCCCCCCCCAAGUCUUACUUUAUCUCCCUCCCCCUCUUUUUUUUCAUCUCAAAACUUUCAAAAAUAAAUAAGUAGAGACCAUAACGAGAAGACAGGAGGUUAUCAAGAGAUUGGGACUGGUGAUGAUAAAAAAACGUAUUAAAAUAUUAUUAUGAU